UAAAGUGGUGAAAGUUUGAACAUUGUUUCAUAUUUGUAAUCAACUCUGCAGGCUGCAGCCAACAGUAAAAGCACAAAACCGUCUGUCUCUCAAAUACCAGUUUUCAAUGGAAGAUGACAUAGAGAGGGUACUAUGGAGCGCAGAUGAGAUAUCAAACCGAGUCUCAGAACUCGCUGCGCAGCUCAACCAUGACCUUUCAGCUGACUCUCUCUCCUCUUCGACUCAUAUGCCAGUGUUUGUCGGUGUUGCUACCGGCGCUUUCGUCUUUCUAGCCGAUUUAGUGCGCCGCAUAUCUUUCCCAAUUUCCGUCGAUUUGGUUCGUGUUAGCUCCUAUGGAUGCGAUACUUUCUCUAAUGGCUCUCCUACUAUCUCCUCCGACUUGAAGCUUGAUAUUUUCGGCAAACAUGUUGUUUUGGUUGAGGAUAUUGUGGAUACGGGAUUCACCUUACUACAGCUCAUUGAACAUCUGAAAUUAAAAGGGGCAUCCUCUGUAUCAGUGUGUACCUUCCUUGAUAAGCCAUCAAGGCGGAAGGCGGCUGUUGAGGUGGUGGGGAAAGGAAAAUUCUAUCGAGGAUUUGAGAUAAUUUUGCAGUAGGUUACGGAAUGGACUUUGCCGAGCUCUACAGAAAUCUACCGUAUGUGGGUAUCCUGAAGCCCAGAUGUUACCAGCGUAUUAAGGAGGAACAGCCAAAGAACUGAUGCAAGAAAGCUGAUUUUUGUGUGCUGAUGCUAUCUUGACGCAGGGGCAAUACAUAUUUAUCAUUUGCUAUGCUUCCCGGAUAUGAAUCAAACUGUCUCAAUUCAUUGGGUGCAAUUGUGAUAUUUUAUGCUGCGUGCUUCCCAUAAUUUACUACAAACUUGUGGUAAAGUUGUAUAUAAAAUAUAGCAGCCAUUAUAGUCUAUGUCAAAUAUAGUCUGUGGAGCAUUAGUAUAUUUCUUGAUUUUCUUAUAAAUCAGCUUGCAACACAA